CUUUAAAAAUCAUGACAAAUAAAAUUCUUUGGCUGACUGGAUUAUCAGCAACACUUGGUUCAAUAGCAAGUGGUACAUUUUUUGGUUGGACAUCACCAGCAUUUUCCUUGUACAAAAAUGCAAAUGGAACAUCAUCAAUGAAACUUGAUGCAAUUGAAGAAUCAAGAAUAACAGCAUUGCUAUUAAUUGGUAUUGGUUUUGGUUGUUUAAUAUUAGCAAUAUCAGCAAAUAAAAUUGGAAGAAAAUUAACAAUGCUAAUUGGUGUUAUUCCAUCAUUUUUAUCAUGGUUAAUUAUUGCAUAUGCAACAAAUCCUUGGCAUUUAUAUGUAUCAAGAACAAUUGCGGGUCUUGGUAUUGCAACAGCUUAUUCAACACUACCAAUGUACAUUGGUGAAAUAUCACCUGUUAAUAUACGUGGAUUAUUAUUAUCAGGUUUAAGAAUUGCUGGUAAAAUUGGUAUACUAAUUGAAUUUUCAUGUGCACCAUUUUUAUCAAUAAAAACUGGUGCUUUACUAUCAACAAUAUUUCCAAUAUUAUUUGUAUUAACAUUAAUCUGGCUCCCUGAAUCACCGUACUAUUUAAUACGUCAAAGACAUCAUGGAAAAGCUAAAAAAUCACUUGUUAAAUUUCUUGAUAAAGAUGAUGUUAAUGAUGAAUUAACAUCUAUUGAAAAUUCAAUUAGUUCAACUGAUCGUGAUAGUGUUGGUAUCAAAGAUAUUUUAUUAAAACCAAAUAAUAGAAAAGCACUAUUUAUACCAGUUAUGUUAUCAUUGAUUCAACAAUUUUCUGGUACACAAGCAAUCACAUCAUAUGCACAAGGAAUAUUUGAAACUGGUUCUCCAGUAUUAAAGGCAGAAUAUUUAACAAUAAUAUUUGGUAUUGUUACAGUUUUGGCAACUGUAAUUUGUACAUUGCUUGUUGAUCGAAUGGGACGUAGACCUUUGUUGAUAACAUCAACAAUUGGAUGUUUCUUGACAACAUUAUUUGUUGCUAUUUAUUAUCAUUUAUUAAAUAAUAAGGUAAUUGACUCAACUGAUUGGUUGCCAGCUACUGGUAUCAUUUUAAAUACUGCAAUGUGGUCAAUUGGUCUUGCUGCAUUACCACUUGCCAUAAUGGCUGAAAUUUUUCCAAUUUCAAUUAAAACUAUUGGUUGCUCAAUUGUUGUUGUUUUUGCAAGUUUUUCAUGUGCUUUUGUAGCGUAUUUACAUAAAAUUGUUGAUGAUACAUUUGGCUUGUAUACUAUAUUUUAUAUUUAUGCAUUAUCAAGUGCACUUGGUACAUUUUAUAUUUAUUUUUAUGUUCCUGAAACAAAGGGAAAAACAUUGCAACAAAUUCAAGAUGAAAUUAAUACUUUUUCAUUAGCAAAUUUGGGAGUUUUAUCAAGUGGUUUAUUCUUUGGUUGGUUAUCACCAGCUUUGUCAAAUUAUAAACUUGAUGAUUCACCAAUUCCUUCAAUAACACCAAAUGAAGAAUCAUCAAUUGCUGCAUCUUUAACACUUGGUGCUGUUUUGGGUUGUGCUGUUUCUGCAAUUCUUUCAAAUAAAAUUGGAAGAAAAUUAACAAUGCUUGCAACAAUUAUUCCAGCAAUUAUUGGCUGGUUAAUAAUUAUUUAUGCAACAAAAACAUGGCAUCUUUGUCUGUCACGUUUUGUAUCGGGUUUUGCUGUAUCAACUGGAUUUGUAACAACACCAAUGUACCUGAGUGAAAUAUCACCACCAAAAAUACGUGGUGCAUUAUUAACUGGUGUACAAAUAUCAUCAAAAGCUGGAAUAUUAAUUGAAUAUACAAUUGGAUCAUUUGUACCAAUAAAAUCAUGUGCAUUAAUAUCAAUGAUAUUUCCAAUAUUAUUUGGUAUAACAUUAAUAUUUGUACCUGAAUCACCAUAUUAUUUACUACGCUGGGGACAGCGGGGCUACGCUGAAAAAUCAUUAAUGAAACUUCGUGGUAAAAAAAAUGUCAAUGAUGAAUUAUGCUUCAUUGAAAAUUCAGUAAUAGCUGAUUUAAAAAAUAAGGGAGGUUUUAAAGAAAUUAUAAAAACACAAGGUAAUAGAAAAGCACUAAUUAUAUCAUUAAUGUUAAUUCUCAUUCAACAAUUUACUGGAGCACAAGCAGUCAUUGCUUAUGUUCAAGAAAUUUUACAUGAAGGUAAAACACCAAUUAAUGAAAAAUAUUUAGUUAUUAUAUUUGGUGGUGUAACUGUUAUCAGUACAAUAGCAUGUUGUUUUUUAGUUGAUAAAACUGGAAGAAGACCAUUGUUACUUAUUUCAAGUAUUACUUGUUGUUUAUCAAUGUCAUUACUAUCAAUUUAUUUUUAUUUAAAACAUAAUAAUAUUAUUAUUAUCAAUAAUAAUACAAUAAUUGGAUGGAUACCAACAAUUGGUGUUAUGACAUUUGCUGUAUCAUUUGCAAUUGGAUUAGCACCAUUACCAAUUGCAAUUUGUGGUGAAUGUUUUCCAUUAAAAGUCAAAGAAUUAGGCUGUGGUAUUUCAAUUGUACUAUUUAUGUGUGGCUCAACAUUUAUAACUAAAACAUAUAAAAUUAUUGAAAUUGAAAUUGGCUUGUAUGGUGCAUUUAUGAUGUAUGCAAUAUGUAGCUUUUUUGGUGCUUUAUAUAUUUUUUUUUUCAUUCCAGAAACCAAAGGUAAAACAUUACAACAAAUACAAAUUGAC